AUGAUCGUUCGAAAUAUUCUUUUGCCAGCAAUCUUCAUUGUGACCUAUCUCAAUCUUGAUACCGUUGAAGCUACGAAAGGGCUUUCCUCCCAAAGACAAAAUGAACUUGAUACCAUUACGCCGUUGAAUGAAAAAGAAAAUGAAUUCUUGAUGACUCUAUUUAACCGUGGAAUUUUCAGACGCUCUAACACUGAUGACAAUGAUGAUGAGCCACAACCGGUACCAAUGCGCCGGAGAUUAUCAUCCAAGAAAUCAAAGAAAGGUAGUGCUGAUUCCGACAGCAGCCGACGCCACACACACAAGCUCGAGCACACAACAUUCGGGAGGAAAAGUAAGAAAUGUAAAGGGAAAGGGAAAGGAAAGGGUGGCAGUUCAAGCAGUAGUUCAAGUAGCUCAAGUAGCUCGAAGAGUAGCAAGAAAUGCUCGGAAUACUCAUACUCACACUCACAACAAGGAUAUGGUGCCGUGGACUUACUUCCAAUAUCUUUAUAUUUCGCUCAACAACGUGCUAAUGCCGUUGUCAUUCCCCCUGGAAAUGAAACAGGCGAGAUAUCAUGGGGGGCAGUAUACACAUAUGACGGAAGUGCUUUUGUCGCAGCAGAAUCGGCUCCUGUUGUUACUGAUCCUAACGGGGGCCUCAUUCUAGAUUAUUCCAACUACACAAUCCAGGCAAGUGAUGUUGUCGGAGUUUCGACGGGGCGCUGCACUAGAAUUGAUCCAAAUGACCAAAGCAGUGCGCUUUUUGAGGGGAAAAUGUACUGCGAGCUGUCAUACGGAUUUGAAGACAAUGGUGAAUUCACGUACUUGACAGCAGAAGGCGUAGCCCGGCAAGAAAGCGGGCGACAUCCUUUCGCUAUUGCUCUGGCAGUCACUGGGGGAACUGGUGUCUUCAGAAGAGUAAUCGGAGAGCUUUCAUUAGCCCCGGCAUCAGCACCUGAUAUGUCAUACUACAUUGAGGUCAUUGGAAAUCUCUACAUGGACUCCCGUGUCGUUGAUGCAGAAACGUACAAACAAAUUAUUGCGUGA